CCCAGAGUUCAAUAGGUGAAGUCAGCAAAAAUGGCGUCAAUGUUCAGGAAACCUAGACGUAAUUUUCGGCGAAAAGUGACCGGUAGCGACUCAGACAAUGAAAGAGAUGGAGGUGACGAGCAUAUGGAUAUUGAUGAUGAAUCGUAUGAUAACGUUUCCACAGAUCUUAACAACACGUCUGCAGGGAAGUCUACAAAAGAAAAGAAGAAAAACUUGAAAAUCAAAGAGAAGGAACCCUCAACAAAAUCGACCUUAAGUUUUGACCACGAAGAAGAAGCAGACACAGAAGUUUUCAAAGUUAAGAAAUCCAGUCACAGCAAGAGAAUAGCUAAACAGCUUAAAAGAGAAAGGGAAAGAGAUGAAAAAUUGGAAAAAGAAGAGAAAGCAAAACUGGAAAAAAAUAAUCCAAAUAAAAGAUCAGAUUCUGAUGAAGAGAGAGCUAGAGAAGAAGAAUUGAAGAAACUGAGAGAAGAGCUUCGAACGUUGAAUGGAGAUGAAGCAGAGGCACUUGAAAGCAGUGAUGAAGACAGUGGCCCAGCAUCAUUCAGGAAUAGACUUGCAAGAGGGGAGAUACCUGAUGCCAAAACAAUUCAUUUCAUUCGCAAGCAGAGGCAAAUGGCCAGGCAGAGUGAAGAUUAUUUGCCAAUUGAACAGAGUGAAGCAGUUGCAAGCAAGAAUUCUAGCACUUCAAGACUUGUCCGGGAUGAUGAGCAUGAUAAAAGUGAUGAAGAUGAAGAUGACAGUCGUAUUGACUUCACGGUCAACAAUGCUGCCACUGAGAGACAGAAACUGAGGGAUGAUUUUCUGGCUACAGAGCAUGGAAGUGAUGAUGAAAGCGAAAAGGAGCUGGCAAGCUGGGAAGAUCAGCAGAUUAGAAAAGCAGUUGGGCAUCAGGCACCUGAAGCCCUCCUGCAGCAGCACACGAAUGGAACCAUAUCCAGACAACCAGACCUCAGUGCCUAUGGACCUAAUUUGGCCAGGCCUGCAGUCUCCUACCACACCAUGUCCAAAAUGCCUGACAUCUCUGAAAUCACAAUUGAAUCGGUCAGAAAACGCUUGCAGGAAAGGCUGGACUCUAUGGACAUGGUAUACAGAAGUCACAAGAUGGAACUGGAAAGAGCACAAACUGAUAUGGAAGACUGUGAGAAAAACAUAGCCACCUGCAAGCUGAAAUCAGGCGAUUUGGAAGAGCGCUAUCGCUUUUUCCAAGAAAUGAGGGGGUAUGUGAGAGACUUGGUUGAAUGUCUCAAUGAAAAGGUGCCAACAAUCAAUGAACUGGAGCAGCGUAUGCACAGUCUGCUGCGGGCACGAGCCGUGAGGCUACUGCAGCGUCGGCAGCAGGAUGUGCGUGACCAGUGUCAGGACUAUAUGACAAAUAAGGCUGCAGCACAGGUUGUGAUGGAAACAGAAGAGGAACAGGCUAAACAACGGCGUGUGGCUGAAAGAGAAGCACGAAGGUCAAGGAGAAGACGUGCGCGAGAGUCUCGCAACAUCACUGCUCAUCAUGAUGGUUUAUCAUCUGAUGACGAGGAAAAUCAGGCUGAUGUGACAAAGUUCAACUUAGAGAAAGAAAACAUAACGACAAUAGCAGAAAAGUUGUUUGAAGAUGCCCUUGAGGAUUUCUCUGAGAUGGAUCUGAUAAGGAAGCGGUUUGAGGAAUGGAAGCUCCAGUUCGGUGACACAUACAGAGAGGCCUACAUUUCACUGUGCAUCCCCAAGCUAGUCACCCCAUUUGUGAAACUACAGCUGGUUACCUGGAACCCUUUGGAGGAAGGAUGCCGUGACUUUGAGGAUAUGGACUGGUACAACUCCCUUAUCUUCUUUGGUGCCAGCUCACAAAGAGAAGUGGAUCCAGAGGACACAGAUAUUAAGAUACUUCUGGCUGUUGUAGAAAAGAUUAUCCUGCCAAAACUGACAUAUUUAGCAGAAAACAUCUGGGACCCUUUGUCUACCACCCAGUCAUCUCGUCUUGUGAAUCUUACACGCCGACUGUUCAGAGAUUACCCUACAGUUCAUGCCAAAAGCAAAAAUUCACAGGCAUAUCUUCAGGCCAUUUACAACCGCAUUAAGAAAACAUUAGAUGAUGAUGUUUUCAUGCCUUUAUAUCCUAUGUCGGUUUUGGAUGGUCGUUCUUCCGGCCCAGCAGUUUUUUUCCAUCGACAGUCAUGGACUUGCAUCAAGCUGCUUGGAAGUAUCCUGUCAUGGCAUGGUCUCCUAGGAAUGAAGAUGUUGCAGCAAUUGGCCUUGGAUGGUCUUUUGAAUCGCUACAUUGUUUUAGGGCUGGCAAACUCUCAUGUCAACCGUCAUGCUAUGGACAAAUGCCAAGCUAUCAUCUCGACGCUGCCAAAAGCCUGGUUUGCAGAGCUUGAAAGUGACAAAACACUUCCCCAGCUGGAGAAUCUUUGUCGGUACCUAACAAAAGCAGCUGAAUUAGUUCAUAAAAGCACCUGUACCCAGUCAGACCAAGAACGACAAGAGGGCAGGACACUGAUCAAACAAAUGAGCAAGCAAUUGGUGACAAUCCAUGCCAUGGACCAUGCUUUGUUCUUGUCCAACCAGUACAGCUUUAAGAUAACAUCAUGAACAGUUGGAUUCAUAGGCUAUUAACAGUUUGGUUGCCUGCAGUUCUUUCUGUCUGCUGCCUUGUCUUUACUUGGGCAUCAAAUCCAGCAUCGCUGUCGCUUCUCUGCAUUCCAGCCAACUAUGCCACUUUACCUGCAGCAGUGAUUGCUUUCAACGCAUGAAUAGAUGAUGAUCUGAUGGACCUGGUCUGGAGGCUAAAAAAAGAAAAUGCAAAUGCCUUGAUAAGACCACACGACUUACUGCAUAUCCAGACUAAUGAAACUUGAAAAAUUUGGAUUACACGUCUUCAGUGCAUAGAGGCAGCAUAGAUGAUCACCAUAUGCUUAUAAGCACCUUCUUUUCAGCUAAGAAAUGGUGGUGAAAGUAGUAUCAGAUUCCAGCAUUCAGAGUAAGCUAUAGAUAAGCCACAUCCUCGCUGAUUUAAGAACCUCUUGUUUGGGAUUUUGUGGAAAUCAGAGUAAAAAGUGUUAUGAUAAGGUGAUGCUUCUUCGUGAUAGGGGUUUUUAAGUUCAAGGAGUCUGAUACUUAUUCAUAAGAUGUUUUCAGGGGGUAAAGGGUGUUGGGAUUGGUAAGAAAGUGUAAGAUUGCAUAUUUCUUUGCUUUUGGAAGAACAAAGAAUGCAUUUAAUAUAUUCUUACUUUUUCUUAAUGGUAGUAUUGUUUGCUUGACUAAAAUAUGGCAUUUACUUUUGUCAGAUUUGGUGUGUCUGCAGUUAACUACUUAAAUGUUUUGUAACUAUGGAGUGUAAUAAUGGAGUCUUCUAACAUGGAUGCAGCAUAACCAGUUUUUGAGCUGAUCUUUUCAUGAAAUGUUUAGUCAUUAUCCUUAAGGCCACAGGGCUUCUGCUUACGCAUUAAAAGUUCAGAGGACCCCUUCAAUUUUCGUUAAUGGGGUCCCAGGGGACCCCUUCAAAUUUGGGCGAAGAACAGAUACAAAAUUGGGUAAGUGUAGUGUCUGACAUCGUAGCCCAAUCUAUUGUUGUCCUCUGCUACAAAGGGAGAGCUACUUCCCUUGCACUGAGUUUUUUUCCCUUACUGGGAAGAGUUCCAUUAACCUAUUUCCAAGAUGUCGUUGACAGCAUCUCAGAAACGGAAAGAAAUUGAGCACCCCAAGUACAAUGAGCAUAUGCUCAUCAUAGAUGCUUGCACACUCUUCAUGGCACAGAAAUCUCGCCAUUUCUGACUAGACAUUACAGUGCUUUGUGUGCCUGAAAGGCAGUUGAACAAAGUACCUUGAUUUGUUGGGUUUGGGUUUUUUUUUUUCAACUUUGUAAAGGGACCCCUUAGAGUUAGCCUGGGACCUCUUAGAAAUCUGAAGAAGGGGUCCCAGGGACCCCAAAGAAUUUCGCCUUAGCAGAAGCCCUGAGGCCAACUUUAAACUUCUGCAGAUCAACAUUUUCACACCCACCUUAGCCAUCAGAUUCUUUGCAACAUCUCACUUUUUGAUCAUUCUAAAAGUACAGUUUUGCUCAUGCUGUUUAUUGUUCUACUUUGGGUUGGGUGGAUAUCUUCCUUUUUUAAUAAGAUUUGUUGAUCACAUAUUGAUGCCUCUUUGGUCAUUGCCAUAACUUAAUAAAAGAUGGCACAGUUCUUACCCUUUGGCCAGUUUUACUUCUACAUAUUUCAAGAUUCACUUGGAUGAAAUUUAGUGCAUGAUGUGCUGUGCUAUCAGAUUGCAAACCAUUAAGUCAUUCAGAACUCUUGCCAUUCCACCUUAUUUGAUAGUAUGGUAUUAACAGCAGAGACAAAUUUUAUCGCAUAGAUGUUUAUUUUUGAUUGGAAAAUGUUUUAAAUUUGUUAAAAUACUUUAAUGGAGUAUAAAGACCAUUGUGGAGAAAGUGAUUGAACAUGAUUCCUUAAACCCACCAUUUCUAAUAGGUUCGUGUUAAUGUACCCAUACACAAUCCCAUCGUCCAUGUUGAUCUGUUUGGUGCAUGUUUUUAUUUGUGUACUUGAGAACAAGGGGGUUAUCCACCCUGAUUUGGGGAAAUAAGAUCUUCCACUGAGCUUUACACCAGUCAGAAAAAAAGUUCCACCCCACUAGAUCUCUGUGGGGAAAGUCUUAAGCUUGAUGCAAUCCAUGAUUGAGGCGUGGUGUCGAUCUCAAAUUGCCAUGCACCACUUGAAAAGCACUCUUUUGAACACUGAAUGAGAUUUAUCAUUUUGCAUGUGGCAUCUGUUUAUAGGGUUUUUUGCCUUGUCAUAAUAUGGCCUUAGUUGCUAGCUUGGAGUAAAACACCAAUUCAAGUCAUGGCAAAAACUGCCACAGAUCACACUUCGUGUGCAAAGAAGUUGGAGAUUUUUAUAAUGUAGCAAAAGUGUUUUCCUAUAACCUAUAAAGGCUUCUCUUAAUGAAACAAAUAAAACAAUUUUUCCAGUU